GUCCUGCGCUUGACGUCCCCGUUGCUCGUACGCGGCUCUUCCAUUUCUACUCAAUCGCAGUUGCCGGCAACAACAAACCGCGCUGCUCUUCCCUCACAAAUAAUAUUUUCUUCUUCUCUUGUUUAAGAAGAGAAAAGACCGCUUUCCCACUCCCCUCCAAAAAGAAGAGGCGCUCCCGCGCUUGUAGGCCGAAGUGACCUAACCACGGCCCUGACGUGCACCGUGUCUCACGCAGGUGGAGGGCGACGCGCACCUCCGUGUUGUGGCUGCGGCGUUGCUCUCACACCGGCCUUUUUCUUUCCUGCAAUUUUUUUCCUUUUCUUUCCAGCUCUCCCUUUACUCAUUGAUACGUAAUCUCUCCUCCCGUUCCUUUCCACCGGCCGGAGACGGCGGAGGGGGAGGGGGAUUCACAGCAAUCCCUUUCUUCUUGUUCGUUUUUCUGACCCUUUGUUUUUCAUUGUCCACCUUUCUUCUUUUCCGCGGUAGAUUCUGAUUUUCGCUGUCACAGGAUCACACACACACACACACACACACACAGGCACAGGCACAGGCACAGGCACAGACAAACACAUACAAGUGUCCUGCACUGGUGUGCGUGUGCGUGUGAUUCUCUGCAUAUACAUCUUUUUCUUUCUCUCAUUGUUCUUCCUUCGAUCUCAUGUACAACACAAGCGACGUUACGCGGCGGAACCUGCCGGGGGAGGUGCGUCGAUACGGCGGUGAAAGGUACUUGCAUUCCGGAUCAACACUCAUAGUGACGACCAGGGAGCUGCCACCGCAGCCGCCGCCUCCUCCCGCGGGUGCGACUGUGCGAACGGCAAAGCACCGACUCAGCCUCUACGACGAUCACACGUCUACCUGCCACUACCUCGUAAACUGUCUUCUGGUGGCUCCCCCUUUCAAAUUACGACGUGCCCUACGAGUGCACCGGCGCUGCAUCGCCAUAGCAGCUGCGGCGUUGCUGCUGCUGCUGAUUUUUGUGUUUUUCGACUACGUCUUUGAUAUCGUUGUCGCGUACAACACGUUGCCCCUGACGACGGCGUCGUCGGCGGACGUGUGGGGCGUGGAGGAGUUCGACGUCCACACCGGAGCUCUCGCCGUGUUGGUCCAGCACGACGGCGCGAUGGAGCGGCUGAACGUGACGCCGUCGCAGACGUGUGCCGUACUAUCGACGCUGUGCAGCAGCGCCAUCCGUCUCAGCCCGCAGCUGUUGCCGUCAUGGACGUUGCGUGUGGUUGAGCCACGCUGCGCAGAGUGCACUGACACACACGGCUUCGCGGCCGCCGUGAAGGGCGUGACUCUCGUCGCCGAACACGCCGUCUUCGCCACGUCCGCCGCGCCGCUCGGCCGCAUUGGGCCGAUGCUCUUGGCGAUGUCGAGCGUGACGGACGACGUAGACGUGGCGACGGAGCUGCCGCAGUGGGGGUGGUUGCGGCACGUCUACCCGAACUUCCCUGCGGCACUACGCAGCCAACCACCACGGCGGCGGCCGUAUCUUGCGGUGAUGGGCGUGCCGUCGACGGACCAGCCUGCCCGGUUGGCCCUGCGUGAUGCCCAGCGUGCGACGUGGAUGAGCUAUCACGAGGUCGCCCGCAACGAGAACGCCUUCGAGGGUGCACUGCUGCCGCUGUAUGUCGUUGCCGCAGCGGAGCCGGAAGGGCACAGCGCGGACACCGAUUUCCCUUCUCCCACCACGCCUGCUGCUGCUGCUGCUCACGCCAGCACGAAACAGCCUUCUCUCACAACGAUGGCCACCACCACUCUCAACGCGUACCCGUACGUCAACGCGUCCUCCGUCGCACCGACGGUGAAGGAGUUCGAGGCAGCGACGCAGGCGCGCACCGCCCUCGCGGGCAAUGUCGACAGCGUUCCCUACACCCACCGCAGCGUGAAGUUGCGGCAAGGGUGGACAGCGGCGGCGGCGGCAGACCACAACGUCCACAACUCUCUGACCUGCAGUCCGUGCGGCACCCUCGCCACCCGCACUGUUGACGAAGGCAAAUCCCCUUCAGCGUUGACGACGCUGGCGACCACGUUAGGCCUGUCCGUCACGCCGGCAUUCGUCGCCGGGGCGCAGUUCAUCUGCCACGCCUCCGCUAGUCUCUGGCGCGAGGCACUGGAGCACCGCAAUGUGAUCUGGGUGGACAUGAUGACGGACCGCCGCCCCACUACGGAUAAGAGAUUUCUUGGCGAGCCAGGACAGGGGGGAUUAGCUGCGGAGGUUGGGAUGAGUCAGAAGCUGAUCCUGUGGCUGGAGUACGCCUACCACGCGUUCCCCGAUGUGCCGUACAUCAUGAAGGGCGACGACGACACGUACCUGAAGGUGCCGCAGCUCAUGAGCGACGUCCGCCGUAUCAUGUCAGAUGCAAUGUCUCUUCCCAAUCACACCGACGUCAGCUCCUACCUGCACAUUCCAUUUCACGAAGCCGCCACACCAUCGCUAGUCGCCAAGCAUCAACUCACACACAGAAGAGAACAUCGUGCAGAACAUCAGCAGGACGGCGUAGCUCCACCACCCCCACCGUCGGACGCACCCUGCUUCUACUGGGGCAGCCUCCGCCUUCACAAGUCAACCUGCUAUGCAGCAGGCAUGAACUUCCUCCUACAUCGCGGCAUGGCGCAUGCGGUGCUCGCCCCGUCACUGCGUCGACGCGGCGUGGACGUCGUGCGGCUCGCGACACACACCUACCGCAGCACAAACACCCGCGCAUAUCGCAAGACCAUGUUCCACCGCGAGGAUGUAUUGCUGGGCCUACUGCUGAACGCGUCGAUGCCGCAGGCAGAGCGGUUCUGUGCGCACGGCAGAGUCUUCUUUGUGAAGGAGGGGAUUGCCCGAUUUCGCGACCUGCAUCGCGGUACGGUGCCCGAUGUCACGUGGUCAACGGUCGUGGCCCACCGAUGCACCCCUGCGGACUACUAUUACCUACACUACUUCUUCAGCAAUGAGUAUCGCUAUUCGCAGGUGGAUGUGGCAUCGCGCGGGGCGACGGCGGAAGCCAGCGCGCGUCGGCACGUGCGAGACAGGAUGAUGGAGCAGCGCAAGAAGCUUCCGUUGAAUGCGAUGGGGGGAGACGAGGGCGGCGGCGGCGACUGGGAUGCCCUACCAUCGGUGAGGUGGACACACCACACGCGUGUGUCACCGUCGUACGCGGUGGAUAACGCGGAUCGAGUGGCGGUGUAUGAUACGAAGAUGCGCCGCGCGCAGGACCUACUGACGCGUGUGAGUUACGGCUACUACACCGAACCGGUUAGCUAG